AAUGAUUUGAAAUGAAUGCUGAUGAAAGUUAAAGAGGAAAGCACAAAAGCAGGACUCCCGCUGAACGUCAAGAAGACUAAAUUUUUCCGUCCUAUGCGAGGCCGGAAGCCGCUGCCUGCUGCCUGCUCUGAGUCCCCAGGCCGGGGUGAACUUGCACCUGCCCUGUGCCUGAAGAGGGCCCCCUGCAUAGCCUGUGCUCUGCCUGCGCUCCUUUCUGGCCCCAAGAUGAUGUCGCGCAAAAAGGCCGCCCUCCUCCUCCUCCUGGUGUUCAGCACGGUCACGUUGCUCCUGCACCAGAGUGCCCAUCUCAGCUGGUUUCCAAAGUUGCCCCCCUACAGCUGCGCACCCCCACUGCCCCCGCGCCCCAAGCACACCGCCGUGGCCUUCCUGAAGACCCACAAGACGGCCAGCACCACGGUGCAGAACCUCCUCUUCCGCUUCGCUGAGCGGCACAACGUGACAGUGGCCCUUCCCCACCACACCUGCGACCACCAGUUCUGCUACCCCCGCAACUUCUCGGCCCGCUUUGUGCACCCGUACACCCUCCCACCGCGGCUCAUUGCCAACCACCUGCGCUUCAACCGUGAUGAGCUCCACCGCCUCAUGCCCAACGACACCGUCUAUGUCACCAUUCUGCGCGAGCCGGUGGCCAUGUUUGAGUCGCUCUUCAGCUACUAUAAUCAGUACUGCCCGGCCUUCAAGCGGGUGCCCAACGGGUCCAUGGAGGCCUUUCUUGACAAUCCUCGCCGCUACUACCGCCCCCAUGAGAAGUAUGCCAUGUACGCCCACAACACCCUGGUGUAUGACUUGGGGGGUGACCCUGAGCACAACCCCAAUGAUCCCACGUAUUUGCCCGAGUUCAUCCGCCAAGUGGAGGGCAUCUUCUCCCUGGUGAUGCUCGCUGAGUACUUUGAUGAGUCAUUGGUCCUCCUCCGCCGCCUGCUGGCCUGGGACCUGGAUGACAUCCUCUAUGUCAAGCUGAACAUGCGUAGCCCACAGUCCAAGCUCAACAUCACCUCGGCUCGUGUGGCAGCCGAGAUCCGUGCCUGGAACGCCCUUGAUGCCCACCUCUAUGACCACUUCAACACCACCUUCUGGCGGAAACUAAACCAGGUGGGCCAAGACUGCAUCCAGAAGGAGGUGCGCUCUCUGCGCCAGGCCUGUGAGCACCUGGCGCACCGCUGCUUUGGGGACCAGCCCCUGAUGCGCCCAGCCAUGCAAAUAAAGAACAAAGAGCUCCGCCCCUGGCAGCCCAGCGCCAAGGUGGACAUUGUGGGCUAUGAUCUCCCAGGCUCGGGGGCUCCCUUGGAUGAACAGUGCCUCAAACUGGUCAUGCCCGAGGUGCAGUAUUCCCGCUACCUGCUGCGGAAGCAGAGCCUGAGGAACCGGCGGAGGGCAGCCCUCCACAGGCCUCUUCCGCCACGGGGGCUCCUACGACCACCCCGACACCCUCCUCUGAAGGCAGCCUGAACUACCCCAUGGCAGCUGGAAGACGAGGGAGGGUGAGGGCAAGAGGCCUAAAGAGAAGCUUUCAGCAGCUUCUUGAUGUCCCAUGAGCCUUUGCAAUACUAGUGUGGGCCUAGUCUUCCACCUUCUUCACAGCACAGUGGUGCGGGUGAUCGUAUAGUCCAAUUCAGUGAUGACUCUCUCGCUUGCUCUUUCCUGGCAUUUUGGGCUAUGUUUAGCCAUAUUAAAAACUCAGGACCCAGGGAUCUGGGCGAGCGGGACUUUCCUCCAGAUGCCCUGCAGCUGAGUGUGGGAACUCUCUUUGGCCAAGUGGGGUCCAUCACUCGACAACCAGCCAGGUGUUGUUUUUUUUUAAAAAAAGACCCAACUGGGGGUUUCGAUAUGGCCUCAUUUCUCCCAUGCUUCUGAGGGAAAGGUUACUGGACGUUGGGGGAAUCUGAGUAGAUCCAGGCCCCAUCCCUUGUUGGUACAAGGCAGUGACAACGGUUCACUGCUCUCCAUCCCUUCUUGCAUGUAACCAUCUUCGGCUGAGUAUACACCGUAGUGCUAAAGCACAUUUAAAACACACGGUGUCCCCGAAAGAGUCCUGGGAGCUGUAGUUUAUCCCCCACAGAGCUACAGUUCCAAGCACCCAUAACAAACUACGGUUCCGAGGAUUCCUUGGCAGAAACCAUAUGCUUUAAAUGUAUGGUGUGUACACAGCCAUCUUCCUCCUUCCCAGCUUGUACAUCCAAGUACUUAUCUCUGCCACUUCCAGCUCUUCACCCCAAAUCCACAGCGCAUGCCUGCACCCCUCCAUCCCGCUUGUCACAUUCCAGCCUCCAUGUGGAGCUGUGUCACGGCACCCCUCUCUCUCCCCCACCUCCCCACUGCUGGCCAUUAAUGUUGUACCCUUCCCGUUCUUCCUCCCCCCCCCCUUCCAGAACUCGCCAGGAUUCAACUCCCAGUAUCCUGUUAUUUUCUCCCCCUUUUCAACAUGUCCUAGAACUUGUGACAUUGUAAUGCAGAAUACUUCUUUCUUGAAGGAGGAAUGGGACACCAAUAAUAAUAAUAAUGAUAAAAAUAAAAACU